ACUGGCAUGAUAUGAUGUUUACUUGUUUGAUUAAAUAGAGUAAGAUAACAUGACAACUGCUGCUCGUCCAACCUGGGCUCCUGCCAAAGGUGGAAAUGAACAAGGUGGCACUCGAAUUUUCGGCCCUUCUCAGAAGUAUUCUUCAAGAGACAUUGCUGCUCACACGACUCUGAAGCCCAGAAAAGAGGGACAAGACACUCAAGAUGAAGUGCACAAGAGGAACCUCCGCGAUGAAUUGGAAGAUCGGGAGAGAAGGCAUUUCUCAUCUAAGGAUAAGUCCUACGUUGAGGAUAGAGAUCGUAGGAAAGGAAGUCAUCUUUUACUGGAAGGGUCUCGUAGGGAUAUAGAUGAUCGUCUUGUUUCAAGAAAUGUAGAUGCAGAUGAUGCUGAUGUUGAAGUUAGAAGUGAUGAAAGUGAUGAUGAUGACGACGAUGAUGAAGAUGAGGAUGAUACAGAAGCACUUCUAGCCGAGCUUGAACAAAUAAAGAAGGAAAGAGCUGAGGAAAAGCUCCGCAAUGAACGACAGGAGCAAGAAGAAGAGCUGAAGGUUAAAGAAGCAGAGUUGCUAAAAGGAAACCCUCUUCUUAAUAAUCCAACUUCAUUUAAUGUGAAAAGGAGGUGGGAUGAUGAUGUUGUGUUCAAGAACCAGGCUCGUGGUGAGGUGAAAGCACCUAAAAGGUUUAUAAAUGACACCAUUAGAAGUGAUUUUCACAGGAAAUUUCUCCAUAAGUAUAUGAAGUGAUUUGUUCUUAUUAUUCGAAUUCUAAACUCUGACAUUUCAGUUUUAUGAACUUGGCCUGUACUUGUGCUUAUUGUUUGUUCAUUGUUGAAUGCUGCACUUCUUUGAAACGAUGCUUUUUGUUUGAGACUGUUAUAUAAAAAUGUAUUUUUGUGUGUUGUGUUGCAA